GCUUUAUGUGUUCUGGUGUCUACUUUUUUGAUCAUUUUGUCAUGUUUUGGCAAUUGGGGUUUGUCAAUUUUUGCUUUAUUUUGAUGUGGGUUGUGACUUUUUUGUGUUAUCUGAUUGUUUUUUUUGCUUAAUGUUUGAUCGUUGUUAGUUGUAACCCCAGUAUUUUUCUUAUUUUUUGUGUUAUUUUUAGUGUAAAUUGAAAGAAUUGAAUGGAAUAUAGAGCCUUGUAAACACAUUUAAAGUUGGCUGGAACUGGAUUUAUGAAUACCGAAUUCGCAUAAAAUGUUUUAGGAUAUGGUUAAUUUGGUUUACUAGCAUAUUACUGUAAUCAUGUUUGUUGUAGGCUACUGUUACAUGGUAAAAUCGAAGAAAACAGUAAGAAACUAAGAAGUGAACAUGUUGAAACCUCAUUGUUUUCUUCUUUGAUUUGGACUUGCUGGGGUCUACUAUGUUAUGUUACUAGCAAAUAGAAGAUUUGUGUCUUUUUCUUAGCUGCCCUUUAGUUGUUCUCUGCCUCAUCAAUUGGGGGAGGAUUCAAAUUUAGUUUUGCUGCAUGGAAUCUCUCUGGUGGAAAUAAUCUUAUACUUGCAGAGUUGCAGGGACUUCAGGAAAAAAGUUAUGGUUUGGUUUAGGAGUACUUGCUGGGUUUCAGGAGAUAUGGCCAAUCAACUUAUAUCAAAACAACCCACUCCUUUUGAGUUCGUAAUCUAUGAAGGCGAUGCUGAUAAUAUGAGGACUGUUGUAGUGACACCAAAUGAAACUAAUCCGUGGAUUGAUCCCUCGUCAUUGAAACUUAGGCACAGGAUUGGGAGGGGCCUAUUUGGUGACAUUUGGUUGGCAACCCAUCACAGGUCAGCCCAAGAUUAUGAUGAGUAUCAUGAAGUGGCAAUAAAGAUGCUUAAUUUGAUGAAGGAAGAUGGUGUGAAGGCCUUUCUGGACAGGUUUGCUAAUAUCCUCCCUAAGUGUCGUGCAAUGAAAGGUGUUUGUUGGCUGCAUGGGAUUUCUGUCAUAGAUGGGAAGAUAAGCAUUGUCAUGAAAUUUUAUGAGGGAUCAGUUGGGGACAAGAUGGCUCGCUCUAAAGGAGGGAAACUUUUGUUGCCUGAUGUCUUGAGGUAUGGAAUUAACUUGGCUCAAGCAAUCCUGGAAUUUCAUUCCCACGAAAAUCUAGUUCUCAACCUCAAACCUUCAAAUUUCCUUCUUGAUGAGAAUGAUCAAGCAAUAUUAGGGGAUUUUGGAGUUCCUUAUCUUCUGCUGGGGCUACCAUUGUCAAACUCAGAUAUGUCCCUUACAUUGGGAAGCCCAAACUACAUGGCUCCAGAACAGUGGGAGCCAGAGGUUAGAGGUCCAGUAUCAUGGGAGAGUGACACAUGGGGGUAUGGGUGCAGUAUCUUGGAGAUGUUGACAGGUGAUCAACCUUGGUGUGGGAGAUCUGUGCAGCAAAUCUACCGUUCAGUUGUUAUCAAUCAAGAAAAACCACAGAUACCGGGUGGUCUGCCUCCUGAGAUUGAAAAUGUUCUUUCUGGUUGCUUUGAGUUUGACUUCAGGAAUCGCCCUUUGAUGACAGACAUCUUGCAGGCAUUCAAAAGCUCACAGGAUGCGAUUAUGAAUGAUGAGACAGCUUUUACUAUGAGGGGUAAAACAAAUAGUGGCAGGCCAAACCAGCAUUGUUAUUCAGAGUGGUUUCUUUCUAAGGACUCUCUCCAGGAAGGGGAUACAGUGCGGUCUCGAAAGGCACCAAUUUCCUCCAAACUUGAGAACAUGCUAGUUCCAGAGGGGAAAGUUGUUGGCUUAGAAGGCAGUGAUGGUCAGGAUGGCUAUGUCUUAGUGAAGGUGCACGGAAUCCAUGAUCCACUAAGAAUGCGAAAAUCAACCCUGGAGCGCGUCACCCAUGGCUUCACUGCUGGAGAUUGGGUGCGUCUACGGGAGGAGCAAAACCAGCAUUCACCAGUAGGAAUACUUCAUUCCAUACAUCGUGAUGGAACUGUAGCUGUUGGAUUCAUUGGUUUGGAAACACUAUGGAAGGGUCAACAUUCGGAGCUCCAGAUGGUGAAGCCUUAUCACGUGGGCCAAUUUGUGCGACUUAAAGCCAAUGUCUUUAGUCCCCGCUUUGAAUGGGAACAGAAAAGGGGAACAUGGGCUACCGGGAAGAUCAUACACAUUUAUCCAAAUGGGUGCCUUGCAGUGAACUUCCCAGGAAGAUUCCCUUUUGGUAAAAAUCACGAACGGUUCCUGGCUGACCCGGCUGAAGUGGAGGUGGUCUCAUUCAGUUCCUGCCAAGGAGUCCUGAAGAAAUAUCAUCAUCUUGAGGACAUCCACUGGGCUGUAAGACCUCUUCUUGUUGCUUUAGGUCUAUUUACUGCAAUGAAAGUGGGACUUCUUGUAGGGAAGAAGAUAGCUAAACCAAAGAUGACAAGCGAGAAAUACCAGGGAAGUAUUACAGCGACAGAUGAUCAGCUUACUGAUGGUAAUGCUGGCAAAUCUCAGCAUAGCUUCCCUCUUCUGUGGCCGAAAUAGUUUUCAAAAGUAAUUUGUCGACUUAACCUGAAAAAAUGGCUCGCACACCAACCCGCUCCCCCCUUCAACCGGUGUGAGGCUGUUAACCAAUCUGUCUAUCCUUUUCUUUUUCAUCAAGUGAACAUAUCUGCUUAAAAAUAUGGUUUCUAGUCUUACUUACUGUAUAGUUACCGAGGAUCAUAUGCUUGUGUAUAAAUUUUACAUCAAAACACUUUGUUCAGUUUAUCUAGCUAUGUAAAUAUCUGUCUAUUUGUAUCGA